GCUCUAGGAAAAAGAGGCUUGCGCUGAGGACAGUUUGGCUGGGUGACAGAAGGGGAGGAUCAUGCGCACAGAGGGGGCAGCGUCAGUACCGGAGACGGCAGCGUUUGCAGUUUUUUCUAUUUCAGGAGCUAAAGCGAGCAGGAAGGAGCCUGGGAGGAUCGGAAGCUACAGAGGGGAUAGAACGAGGGAUGCGGAGAAGAGGAUGGCUCGAGGCUGAUGAAUGAAUUAUGGUCUGCGGGCUGGUGAAGGCGAGAAGGAACCCGGAAAACAGUUGGCUGCACCGGAGGCAAGGAAAAGGGAGUAGAUGGUGCAGGCAGCAACGUUAUCCAGAGCUGCGUGAAGCUGACUGGGAGGGGAAAAGAAGAUUGCCUCUGAUUUUUCUUUGGAGGGCGGAAGGGAAGAAGAGGAGGGAUCGUGUUGCUGAAUCAGACUAGCGCGCCGAGGGAAAAGUGUGAGGUCUGUGUGGCGAGGAAGCAGCAGGAGUGAUGAGAGAGCAAACGGGAAAACUGAAGAAAGCCGCUGUUGCUGCUGGGCUCUGCUGGGAGGAUCGCCGCCGCCACUCCUGCGCGUGGGAAGGAGUAGAGGAGCCUCAAGUGUUCGCCACUCCCCGGCUCCUUCUUCACCAGCCGGGACCAUGGAGACUUUAAACGGCACCAGCCUCGGUGAGCCUCUCAAGCAACAGCAGCCCCCGCCGUCGCCGCAGAGUCCGCACCACUCCUUCUCCGAGAAGAAGCGGCUCCACCGAGUCCCUUCCCCUGCCAGACCUUUCCUCAAGGAUCUCCACGCCCGGGCAUCUUCCGCCAAGCCCCCGCCGGUGCCUCCCAAAUCUCCCAGCUUGUCGGGCAAGCCGCAGUCCCAGCAGGGGGGAGCCCGUCCGCAAUCGCCGAGGCUCCUGGCUACUCAGAGCCGCCUCUCCCGGCGCAGCUGCAGCCAGAACGCCAAGGCGGCGGCGGCAGGUCUUGGGGUCUGCGCCCCGGGCAAGGCAGCCAGCGCCAAGACUGCCCUCUCCAGCAAGAAAGCGGCCCGGGCUCAGGAUCAGGGAGGCGGCAAGGCCACCGGCAGGCAGCUCGGGGGCGAGCCAGGCCACCCACCUGGCAAAGGCAGGAAAGGGAAGCGAGGCGCCCCCUUGGCCCCGCCGGGCUCCUUGGCCCCGGCCGCCGGGCUGGGCAGCGGCCCCGCGGCCAGGAUCAGCCACACAGACAGCAGCUCCGACCUGUCCGACUGCCCCUCCGAGCCGCUCUCCGAUGAGCAGAGACUGGCCCAGGCCGCCAGCAGCGAUGCCGAGUCUGGCACCGGCUCCAGCGACCGGGAACGCGAGCCGCAGCCGCCGCCGCCUCUCCCCCCGGGGCCAGAAGGCGGCGGCCCCCAGCGUGCCCUGCCCUCCUCGGACGCUUCGAGCAAAGGGCCAGCAGCGCCACCUGCCUCGCCGGCUCCCCCGGGAGCCAAAGGGGAGCAGCAGCAGCAGCAGCAGGGCGAAGAGGCCGCCUGGGGGCGAGCCCUGGAAAGAACGCCCGCCAAAGGUGCCCAGCCGGCAGGGAGCAUGGGGCUGGGAGGCAGAGCCCCGCUGAUCCCCCCCUGCGAGACGAGGCAGCUGGUGGUGGACGAGGAGGAGCUGCUGAGGGAGAUAGAGGAGCUGCGCUCAGAGAACGAUUACCUCAAGGAUGAGCUGGAUGAACUCCGAGCUGAAAUGGAAGAGAUGCGUGACAGCUACUUGGAAGAAGAUGUUUACCAGUUGCAGGAACUUCGGCGAGAGCUGGAUCGUGCAAACAAGAACUGCCGCAUUUUGCAGUAUCGUCUCAGGAAAGCUGAACAGAAAAGCUUGAAAGUUGCACAGACGGGUCAAGUGGAUGGGGAGCUCGUCAGAAGCUUAGAGCAAGAUCUAAAGGUAGCCAAAGAUGUAUCUGUCAGGCUGCACCAUGAAUUGGAGAAUGUGGAAGAGAAACGUGUUAAAGCAGAAGAUGAGAAUGAAGUCCUUCGUCAACAAAUCAUUGAAGUGGAAAUAUCUAAGCAGGCACUGCAGAAUGAGCUGGAUAGAUUGAAAGAGAGCUCCCUGAAGAGAAGAGGCAGCAGGGAUAUUCACAAAGAAAAGAAAGCAUUUGCUCAGGAAGACAGUGCUGACUUAAAAUGCCAGCUUCAGUUUGCCAAAGAAGAAGCAGCACUGAUGCGUAAGAAGAUGGCCAAGCUAGGCAGGGAGAAAGAUGAACUGGAACAAGAACUCCAAAAAUAUAAGACCAUUUAUGGAGAUGUAGAAAGUCCCCUCCCUAUUGGGGAGGCAGGAGGACCGCCCAGCACAAGAGAAGCUGAAUUAAAGCUUCGUCUGAAACUGGUGGAAGAGGAAGCUAACAUAUUGGGCAGAAAGUUAGUGGAAUUAGAGGUGGAAAAUAGAGGUAUCAAGGCUGAGAUGGAGGAUAUGAAGUGCCAAUAUGAGAGAUCGUGUCUUAGCCAGGACCAUAUUUCAAGCAUUCCUACCUCACCAUACGGUGACUCUGUAGAGUCAGCUGCAGAGUUGCGCCGUCAUUUGCAGUUUGUAGAAGAAGAGGCAGAACUGUUGAGGAGAUCUAUCUCUGAAAUUGAAGAUCAUAAUAAGCAGUUAACAAAUGAACUGAGUAAAUUCAAGUUUGAGCCUGGACAAGAGUCUGGCUGGUUUGAUGAAAAUGCUUCCAAGUGUGGUGGUUCCUUGCAAGAAGAGCUGAAAUCAGCCCGGAUGCAAAUCAAUGAGCUGAGUGGGAAAGUGAUGAAACUUCAGUAUGAGAAUCGUGUAUUAAUGUCUAAUGUGCAGCGCUAUGAUCUUGCCUCACACCUAGGACUGCGAACUUCAAGCCCCAGAGACAGUGAUGCUGAGAGUGAUACAGGGAAGAAAGAGAAUGACAGCGAAGAAGGCCGUCUACCUCAACCAAAAAGAGAGGGACCCAUUGGGGGUGAAAGUGACUCUGAAGAUAUAUUUGAAAAGACAUCAGGUUUUGGGAGUGGGAAGCCAUCAGAAGUUAGUGAUCUGUGUUCUACUGAACUAACAAGGGCCAAAGAGGAUGCAGAAUCUUUGAUCAGCAUUAAGCAUGAGGCUGAACGGCUUGAAAGAGCUGUGGACCGUCUCAUCACUGACACAGAUAGUUUAAUUUAUGAAGCAAAGGUACACAUAACCAGGAGUGCUUCCUUUGAGCAAGGUUUUGAAAAAGAUGAAGGAAAAGAGGAGAGCAAAAAUGAACCAGAACUUUUGGACACCAUUAAUUCAAGGAUGAAAAAUUUCCAGAAAGAACUUCAGACCUUCCUGGAGAAGGUCGACAACAUUGGUGGAGGCCUAAAAGAGCAAAUGGAAGAUCUUUCCCCUGUCCCUCACCUUACGGAGUCUUCCAGUUUUCUGUCUACAAUGACAUCCAUAUCCCGAGACUCACCCAUUGGUAACCAGGGAAAAGAGCUGAUCACAGAUUUUCAGUCCAAACUGAGGGAUCAGAUGGAAUGGCAGCACAGCCAAGACCAUGGAGACGAGCGAGAGAUUCACCACCAACGAGGCACCACCGAACCACACGGCAGAGCUGAUGGAGACUUUAAACUCUACAGGCCAGGAAACAAGGGUUGUUUCAGUCUAGAGAAUAUAUCGAUACAGGAACUUCAGGCUCAACUUGAGCAGGAGGUGAAACUUCGUCAAGAAGAGCAAGAAACAUUUACGGAGAGGAUCAUGCAGCUGGAAGAGGACCAUCUGCAGAGCCUACGGAGAAAAGACUUAGAAGUGCAAAGCUUGACUUUACAGAACAAAUUGGAAGAGAAGACCUGGAGUCAGGAGAAAAACCUGAUGCAUCAAGAACUCAGGCAUUUCAAGCAGAACACCUUUCUCCUGUAUGUCAAACUGAAAUGGUUGCUGAAACACUGGCGACAAGGCAAACAGAUGGAGGAGCAAGGAGAGGAUGUACUCGAGUUGGAACACAUUGAGCCCACUCCAGAAUUCAGCUUUCAAUCUGAGCAAAAGGCUGAGGAACGGGAGGAGGAGGAAGAGGAAGAAGAUGAUGUAGUGUUUACACCGACAGAUUAUUCUCAACAUUCCACAGUUGAAAUAAGUGACCAUGGACCACAGUUACAGACUGCAGAAUUGUUGCAGCAUCAAAAGCAGGCAAGAGAAAAUCGCCGACUACUAAAUGCUCUGAAAAUAUUGUUGGAUGAUUUCCGUACUGAGCUGCGGGAUGACGAGCAAGAGCGCCAUGGCCUCCAGCAGCAGUAUGCCACUGACAAAGCUGCUUGGGAAGUGGAGUGGACUAAGCUGCACUGCCAGCUGGAGCAGCUAGAAGGAAAGAGUGAAAGAGGACAGAGUGAGACUGGUCUUGAGGCAAAGGCAGCUUUUAAGAGAGAGAGGGAGGAGCACAAGAAACUCCUGGCUGACAGUCACCGAUUAGUGAUGGACUUGCGAUGGCAAAUCCAGCACAGUGAGAAGAACUGGAAUAAAGAGAAGAUAGAGCUUUUGGAGCGGCUGGACAGAGACCGACGAGAGUGGGAGCGGCAAAAGAAGGAACUGAUGAGGAGGCUAGAACAGAAAGUACAUCCGCCACAAAGAGACAUCAUUUGUGACUCAAAAGAAACUAGCCUUCACUUAUUUUCAAACCAAGGGAACCAUCAUGUGCCUCGUCCAAUGGGGUCAAGAUCCUACUCCGAUUCGGACACCAUGCAAUUUGAAGAUCGAUCAUUGUCUAAACUGAAGGAGAGUGACAGGUGCACUGCCACAGAAAACCUCUUUCUAGAUACACUGUCCCUUGAAUCUCCAGAUGAUUCUGAGGAACCACAACCCCGAAAACUGGAACGAGAAAGUUUCUUAACUGGUGUAAAUGAGGAAGAAGAAAUGCACAAGGGAAAUCUUCAAAGGGCAAUGUCAGUUUCCUCUAUGUCAGAGUUCAAGCGUUUGAUGGAUAUUUCUCCUUUUCUUCCUGAAAAGACUCUGCCUUCCUCUAGCAGCAAGGAGGAUAUAACACCUCCUUUAUCUCCAGAUGAUCUGAAAUACAUUGAGGAAUUCAACAAAAAUUGGGAUUAUAGUACUACUAGAAACCAUGGUGGAGCAGCUGAAAAGCCUGCAGAUACAUGGGCAGAGAGGACAGAGAUUGGAAAGGCCGGGAAUAGUUCAGGAACAGAUCCAUUCCAGCCAUCUUCAUGGUACCUCACCACCAGUGUUACUAUGACAACCAAUACCAUUACCAGCUCAGAGCACUGCCAGAAACAGUCACUGAGGAGUCAUGUUGUUACAGAAAAAAUGGGGGUUAGGGUCUUUCAUAGUCCACCUGUUGUCCGUAGGUUUGAGAACUCAGUAGUUGCUGGCAAUGAAGGGAAAAGCCAGCCUGAUCCAGACUUUUUGAUUCCUGUGAUCAAAGCUAAGGGGAAUGUGGGUGAGACAAAAGGUGCUUCUUCUGAAGUGUUUGGUCGAUGGUCAUGCGAUCUCUCCAAACAUCAUAAUGAUUUCCUGGAAAGUGGACUUCAUCCCAUUGAGGGUCCUAUUUGCACUGCUGUGGGUUUUGCUUCAUCCUUGCACAGCCUGGAGAUGUCAAAAAACAUGAGUGAUGACAUGAAAGAGGUAGCUUACUCUGUCAGAAAUGCAAUACGUUCUAAUUCAACGGAGCUUCAGUUCAAAGACACAGCUUGUCAGACCAAUGGAGUGAGAACUAUGGGGACACAAACUACUCAAACUAUCAGUGUGGGCUUGCAGACAGAAACUUUACGUAGUAUCACCAGCAGCCCACACAAGUGUCUGACACCGAAGGGAGGCUCUCCACCUGUGUCAUCACCAUCAAGAAGUUUAAGAAACAGGCAGGUGGCUCCUUCUAUUGAAAAGGUCCAGGCCAAAUUUGAACGCACAUGUUGUUCUCCCAAAUAUGGCUCACCUAAAUUACAAAAGAAAGCCUUUUCCAAAACUGAUCAGCCAAAUAACCGGACAUUACCAAGCACACCUCAGAAAGGGUUCAGUGAAUCAGCUUGGGCCAGAUCAACCACUACAAGGGAGAGCCCAGUUCAUACCACUAUCAAUGAUGGCCUCUCCAGUUUAUUCAAUAUCAUUGACCAUACCCCUGUGGUUCAUGACACCCUCCAAAAAUGCUCAAGGUCCAGCAGCCGAUCAAGAUCGGCAGAACCCAGAUCAGAACUGGGUCCUAUGCAAGACAUAUGCACAAGUAUCCGUGGUAGGUCACCCAGUCCCCUCCGUUUGGAUGCAGAGCUGCAAAAGGAUGAAGGAACUGAAACAAGUAGUAUCAGGCAAGACUUAUCUGCUCCUCCAGGAUACACCCGUACAGAAAAUGCUGCCAGAAUCCUGAACAAGAAACGUAUGGAGGAUGCCUUAAAGGAGGAAAAACGGCUAGCUUCACUCAGCCCUCCCAGUCUUAGCAAUGAAAACAGCACAGGAGAAAUAGUCAAAGUUGAACCAGGGUCCAUUGAGGAACUACCUUGUUCUGCACUAGCUCCAUCCCUAGAAUCCUGCUUCUCACGACCAGAAAGACCAGCAAAUCGGCGCCCACCUUCCCGAUGGGCUUCACAUUCCCCUACUGCCUCACAAUCUCAGUUAGCUGGGGAGGAAUAUGGAAGCAAGGAACUGCCAUUGGAGGACCCAAACCUGAUGCAGUUGCAUGAAUUAUCACAGAAUAAUUCACUAUAUUUUGCAUAGUAGCACCAUUACCAUGGCCAGUCUCUGUCAGCAAGGAGAACUCAAGUUGCAGAGAUCAAACAGUGUUCUAGAAUGCAGCUGCUUAGUGUACAACCUGUGAAACAGAGAUGUUUCUAGAAUGAAACAGUUAACGUGCCUGUAAUAAUUUAUUUUUUUCAUAGCUCAGAAAACUAUUUUUGCCUCCAUCUUUUCUACACACAGUAUAGAAAAAGGGUCUAAAAGAAAUACAGAUAAAAGUGUGGUUUUAAAUAAAGCAUACAUUGCAUUUCAAGAGAAAUGAAUGUCUCUCUCUCUCUCUCUCUCUCUCUCUCUCUCUCCCCCUCUGUGCUCACUCUCUCCUCCCCCCUCUAUGCGUGCCCUCGCGCGCAUGCUCUCUCUCUCUUUCUCACACUAUUGACUGCCUUCUGUUAUAUUUGCACUGUUAAGGUUUGGGUUGUAUUGCUGAUUUUCUGUUUAUUUUUUGUUUAGAACUAGAAUCUUAAGUUUUAUUCUGUUCUCAUUUUGUAAAAGAAAAUUCAUAAAGGUGCUUUAGCAUUCUGAAGUGUAAGUUUUAAGUAGUGAAGAAAGCCAUUGAACUAGUUGACUAGAAUUGUCUUAAAUAAACUAGAGGGGAAUACAGGGAAUAUGAAAUGUUUAGGAAGAGGGGGAAAGCCUCAGAUAGUCUUAAUGAGGUGAGCUGUACAAUACACAAGAGUUGCAUGUCUUUAGGUUCCUAGCACUUUAGUGCAUGUACAUACAGCUACUGUACUCUCACUGUCACAUCAAUGUGUUUUGAUCCCUUUCACUGUAAUAUUGUUGUGAAUUUAUCUGUACUGUACUUUUAAUGUUGGUAUUCUUGCAAUGAUUGUACAAAAAGAGAUUUUUAAAUAAUUGUUAAAACAGUUCACCUGGCUAUGUACAGUGUUUAUUGAGACCUUCCCUAGUUUUGGGGACAGCACUGAGAACUCUGGGCAUACUAAACUGUAACUGGUCUUGUUUUAAGAGUCUGCUUGAGACCAUGUGGCGUGGAAAUAAACUCCUCAGUAUUUACAGAU